AUGACGGCUAAGACCAUCUCUGGAAACUCACAGUUUCAGAAAACCUCCUCUCUACGCUGGACGUGGGAGUCACCCGUGGAGAUCAAGAUACUAGAUCAAAUUAUCGCCAGUAAAAGGUUCUGCGUGACGGAUGUCGCUGUUGUGCCAAAGUUUUAUACGGAAUCGGGAAAGAUUUUCCUUCACAAGGAGAGAAGAGAAAGCCGCCAAGUUCAAAAUCCAAGAACUAUUACGAUUAUUAUAUAUUAUUAUUAUCCUUUCGCCGCGCUAGCCGGCUUUUGGGAAAAUUCUGCAAUGGACAGCAUCGAUGAGGAAAACGAUCGUCUCGUUGGACAUCUUCAUGAUUGCACGAGGAAGGUUCAGAGGUUUAAAACCACCAAGAGACGCCUAUCUCCGGAAGAGCUCACAAGGCUUUGCGAAGGGAUAUCCACAUGA